AUGCUCGGGAAACGGUGCGCUGGUAAUCAGAGAAGUCAAGCACCUGCCGAAGCCUUCUGGACGACUGAUUCAACAUGCUCGGAUCGCACGCAGCCCCCUCUCCCAACUCAGACACGACACUGCGACGGUAUCAGCGUGCGAUGGGACGCAGGUGUCUUCGAGGUCUCGUAUCCCUUCCAUCUGCAGGCGGACGGGUCGGGGGCGGGGCUAGGAUAUGAUCUGACAUCCCUCUCGCCUCCGCGUGCCCGUUCCAAGCGGUGCCGUCGCACAAUCGCUGUGACAGAAGACGCAUGUCCAGCGUGUAAAGCCGCUCAGGUCGAGAUUGAUGUUCUCGAGGAGAUUGCUCGUCGGCCUUUCGAUCGGGUCCAUUCGUAUGGGCAGCUCAACUAUGCCCAGCAGCGAAGUCGUGCGCGACAUCUCACGAAACAGCUUCAGAAAAUGGUGUUACAGGAGUUGAACGCUUCACGGUCGCUCAAGAUUGCGCGCAGACAUGUCAAGCAACAUCAGGAGAUACUCGAGUAUGCGGGGCAGAAUCUUGUGCCCGGCUUGCACAGGGUCCUUGCCAACGCGCUGAAGCAGGGCUGGAGCGCGAAGAAGACUCUCUCCUACCUCAUCAAGGCUGUCAAUGGAGAGUACCACCCGCGUAACUACUCUCAAGUCGACAUAGACCUCGCCGUCAUACUCUACUCGUUCGGGGGCGCUAGUGCCGUCUAUGCCUUCAACCACUCAUACCUCGCUUUGCCUUCGCUCAACACCAUCCAGCCGCAUCGACGUCUCUACCGCAUGACUGUCUCUACCGAGGGCAUCAGACUUACCGACAUUGCCAGCAACAUUGACACCGUCUAUGGCCCUCACGAGUCGCCAAGGGGUGGCCUCCUCGAGCGAAGCGUGCCGCUAGAACGCUGCGGGUUGACGCUGGCCAUCGACGAGACGAUGAUCGAGGCGAAGGUGGAAUACGUUCAGGAGAACGACACGCUGGGAGGUCCGUGUUUCGAGCAUAGCAACCGCCUGAAGUCGGUCCGUGUCGGGGACGACUGCGAGACUGUCAAAGCGGCCGUAGCUGCGGUUCGCGACGGGACCGUCCACAUCGCAACCGAAGUAUCAGUCGGGGCCAUCUCACGCCUCGCUCGCACGGGCUACGCUGCGCGUCCCGUCUUCCUUAUCCCUACCUGCAAGAAGCGGUCUUAUGCACAGUCUGUUGAGCUCAUCCUAUACACGCUGGAGGCUUGGGACCGCUCGGAAAAUGGCGCGAAGAAGUAUGGGCCGAUUUUCAAUGUUGCUUCUGACGGAGACGCCAUUCGACGAGCGUCCUUAUUCACUAUCUGUAUGUGUGAGGAAGUUCGAGUGGGACAUCCUCUCUGGGAGUACCUGCACGAGCUCUUCCCCCUUGGCCUCAACCCGCGCAUCGGCAAGAAUAGUGUGUCCAUGGACUUUGAUUACAAGCAUCUCAUGAAGCGCGCCUGUACACUCGUCUGCUCGAAGGACGGCAUGUUCAUCAAUGGCGUCAAGGUCAACCCCGCUCUCCUUCAUAUCUGGCUGGAGCGCAUUCCCAAUAGGCGGUGGCCGGAUACCUCAAUUGAAUCCCUCCUACAGCCAGAUGACGCCCAGGAUGUACCCCGCGCUAUCAAGCUUCUUUGGCUAAUCGCCGACAUACGCACUAUCAACACCGAUGGUAUGGACCCGCACGAGCUGGAGGAGUUCACCGCUCUAUGUAUCCUGGGAGAGAUGUUCGAGGCUCUGGUCUUGCCCUUCGUUGAGCCCGCUCUCACCCUCUCAGAGCAGUACCGUUACCUUGUCAAGUUCUCGCACAUCCUCUCAGCACUCUACGCCCGAAACGGACGCGACUUCUGCUCAAACCAACUGUACAACGACUUCCAAUGCAUGGUGAAAGCAGCUGUCUACCUCAUAGCGAAGACCCUCCGCUUGAAUCCGAAGCUGGGGGUCUAUUUCUGUCUCCUCGGUGACGACGUCGUCGAAGCGCUCUUCGGUCUGAUCCGCAUGCUUGGUGGCCAUUCCCCGAAUGCGAGUCUCCUCCAGUUCAAGCAGCGUGCAGAGGCCGCUAUCAACCUCGCAGCUGUGUUUGAGCGAUACCCCCAGCUAGAGCGCUUAGGCCGGCGGUUGCAGCUCCGUCCGAUACCAGGUGCUGGCAUGCGUCGAGCCCGCGAUAUGGAUCACAUCCGCCCGCCGACCUGGCACGGCGAGGUUGCAGCGGAGUCGUGCGAUCUUGUGGGGUGCUGGAAGGAGGGUGCUCGCGCGGCCGAGGCAGCGUUGGACAAGUACAAAGUCCGUAUGGACAUGUCGUUCACUGAACGCUUCGCGCGCCCGAAUACCGACCUCAUGCGGCCUCUUGGAGGGAAAUACCCCGCCAUCUCCAAUGACAUCGACCGCUCCGUCACUGGCGAUGCAUCUCCCCAUGCCGAGUCUCCUACAGAUACUACGAUCCCGACGUCUCUCGCAGACGGGACCACAACAACUCUGGACAUCGACUUCGACACUGUGCUCGCGCGGGAGAAGGCCGAGAUUGCGGCGCAUGCAGUUGAUGGACAUAGCGCCUUCGCGAAGUUGAACGAAGAUGGGGUUUUUGGUCCCAAGAAGAGCAUAGUCAGCGUCCAUUUCAAUCUGGGCAGCGAGCGGCUGAGCCAUGAGCGCAACUGGAGGGUGCGUGGGUUCACCGCAGCCGGGAGAGCUGGAACGCAGGGCAUGCAGGAGGCCAUAGAUCAUACGGUCACGGCCAGUCUCUCGACCCAUCUCAAGCUCCGAGAUUUAUUCGCCACGCUCGUGUCUCCCAAUGGCAAGGAUAUCUCCAUCGCGAUUGUCAAACCUCUCGUCAUCAAGCAGACCCAGGCGUCGAAGCCCAACCCCGUACACGUUCCGUCGGCUCCCAUUUCGGAAGUACAACUUGUCCCUUCGCCGUACGUCGUCUCUGGCCAGGUCCUUGCACUGAAGCCCCUCGACGGCGAAGGUGCGCAGUGGGUUUGGGAGGGGAAUUAUGUUGGCUUCUCGGCUAGCAAGCGCAAGGAAUCAGCGCUGCUACCGCCUGGUCCGAUACGCGAUUCCACCGUGACCGUUGUCGGAAGCCUCGUCCGGCCGAUUGCUUACAGUCGAGUAGAGGCAGAGGACCUUCAGGACGCCAACCUCGACAUCGUGCAUGAUGCGACAUGGGUAAUCAACAACACGGAAUUGCGCUCGGCUUGGUCCGACCUGUGGAAGGUUAUCCGAAGUGAGCAGGGCCUUCAGGUCGCAAUCCCUGUUUAUGGGGAGGCACAUAAUGCAUACCCGUACAUGGUUCGCCAGAAUCCAGCUCAUCCGCGGGGCAUGAUCUGGGCGACCUCAGCAACAACGGCCAACAUUGUCCUCAAGAGCAAACAACAAGCUUGCACGAUAUGCAGUAGGGCCAACGUCAAGGACACAGACCGCCAGCGCCACAUGGGAGAACAUCUGCUCAAGGUUCUCCUUCAUGUAGGCGAGCCAAGUAAGACUCGUGCAGUCUCAUCGCAAUACCCCUGCGGCUUCUGCGGUGGACCCGGUGUCGGCGAGAACGCGUGUGGGAUCGGUAUCAAGAGCGGCGCGGCGCACUCCAACUGUCCGCGCGCCUAUGCUUUCAUGUUGCACGCAGCGAGGAAGUUCGACGAGAAGCGCCCAUGCACAAACGUUCCUGUCGUUUGCACCUUCCCGUAUUGCGGACAGACGCACUGGAAGUACAACUAUCACCAGCACUUCACCGACCGACAUCCAUCUUGGCGCGACGAGAUGCCUUUGGACUCCGAACUGGCCACGGCGAUUCGAAUCGGAGAAGCAGAGCAGGCAGCGAUGGGGAUACCAAAGGCUCAGAUCUGUGUGUGGCCCCCGCUUCCUGCCUCCGUAGACGGUGCCGCGCAGCGCGGGUGCGUGCCCCCGAACAGUAGUAACGACAAGGAGAACAUACGCCCGCUACCUACUAAUACCAUGUAAUUGAUUGACUCAAGGGGGAAGUAGAUUUACUGUAUUCUUCAUGUAGAGUAUCACAAUCUCUGUCCAGCAUACAACGCGUCCUC